AUGCUCAGCUCUCGAUAUGCGAAUUUGAACCUCUUUGGGGGCUCUCGUUUGACUUCCAGCCCGAUUUCGGAGGAGCCCCUGCAAUUUUCCAACACCAUCCCUGAUUCCACAUACAAUCCUCUACCGGCCUUCACCAGCGACGAUGGUGCAGCCAGAUCCUCGAAGAAACAACGGGUCCGAGUCAAUGGUCAGAAAAUCUCAGGCAAGUCAAUUGAAAGUGUCUCUUUCGGCGUUCCUGAUCCACGUCGACCUCCCAGUAAGUUCGCUUGGACCCGUGUGAAAUCAGAAAAGACUGAAGUGAUCGUAGGACGUCGGACAACAAACAGUUCGCUAUACAAAGUUGCCUCAUCCAUUCGUGACUUCGCCGUCUCUCAUUUCGACGUCCCCAAGGUAGCAGCUCCGUGGGAGCAUGAGCUAUCCGAGAAAUAUGGCUCCAACUUGCCCCCAACGUCCAGUGUCCGCUACUUUGACCAUCGUCGGCAGCGACGGAGGCUGUUUAUCAACAGCACUUUCCAGUGGCUCGUUACUGCUAUUAUCUGCGCCCUGCUGGCGGGCUGCUUGUACGGCUUCUCCACUUUGAUAACUGGCCUGAGCACGACGCGCAAGCAAAUCUUCAACGCCCUGGUGACCGGCUUGUCGUUGUGUUUGGGCCUCAAUCUUGCUUCCUCACUGAGAGGCUAUGCGCAAAUGAUGCGCUGGCGUUUUCUCGCCUCGGGAUAUCGCACCCUUCAGGAUUUCGAGCUGGUCUUGAACUGCGAUAGCCAGUCCAAGGUCUUCCGCCUGAUCUGGGCCGGGCGGACACGCGGAAGCUGUCUGCCGAACAAGACGCAGAUCCUCGCCGUGGUGUGGUUGUUGAUCAACAUCGCCGUGCUGAUCUUCACAGCCUUGCUCGGGUUGACCUACUCGAUCGAUGUCAGUUCUGACUAUGUGCGCCUGACGUACGGAAACGUCAGCGUCGCCGACGUUUCUUAUAUCGGCAACGCCGAAACUACUGCUCUCUAUGCCGGCAAUGACUCAAGCGCAGCGUCCGUUCUCGCGGAAACAUCGGUCGCCAAUGAAUGGGGUAUUACCGGUCAGGACUUUGACGUCUGGGAGACCUCGUUUGACCAGUAUUUUGGCAUGCAGCAGUCAAUUUACACCGACGGAAACUUGUACUGGUAUCGGUUCAUCGACCGCUCACCGCUCGCCUUUGAGCUGACGGUCGUGACCCAACGCACGGUAAACACCACUGCGACGUGCCAGUCAUUCCCAGUCACGUACGGUGGCUACGCUGGCUUUCAAACAACCAACGCCUCGAUCGCCUGGGAUGUGACAUGGGUCGAUGCCAACGGGGAGGAGAAUACCUGGUGGAUCCCCGACGUCGCAACAGGCGCGACGACUUGGAUGUCGAAUAUGACGAGCGACUGCGGGCCUCGAUGCGUACAAAUCUUUGCUCUUCAGACUGCGGACAACGAUACGGCCAGCGUGCCCAAACCGCGAUUCUGGAGCUGCCUGUCCUACGUGUCCCACGUGGACGGCAUCGACUUGUACAUCAAUCCCGACCAAUACCAAAUCCCCGACGAUCAAGCGCAGAUCCUGGCCGGCGCGAUUGGGUGGUCUGGGGUGUUGAUGGAGUCAAGCGACAACGCCACGUCGGACGCCCCGGAGACACAGAUCCAAAUGGUCAAUUACCCUGCGUCCAGCCAGUGGAGUCCGCCGGGCAACAUCACCGAAGAUGAAAUGGCGCUGCUGGUCAUGAAGUUCACCGCGGGAGCCAUCUCGGCCAUCGACUCGGACGGCCCGCGUCUCAACGUCACAGGCUAUGGACCAGCCCCAGCGCAGAUCCUGACGGUACAAUGGCAAUAUGCCGGCUCGAUCCUAGGCGGCAUCCCGCUGGCCCAAGGCCUCGUGCUCCUCGCGGUGAUCACCUUCGCCAACAAAGCCAUCAUCAAGGACACGAGCUACCUGGGCAUGGCGCGGCUGUUGAGGCCCGUGGUCGAAAAGCUGGGGGACACGGGCUGUCUGCUCACCGGGGACGAGAUCGCCGAGCACCUGGGCAAUCAGAAGGUGAUUUACGGCGUCAGAGACCCGCCUGGCGCUACUGACGGCACCGGAGACGAUGUCGGGAUUAUUAUUCGACAUCUGGACAUUGUCGAGGAGACAGAGGGCCUGGGGUACAGGAAGGGACGGAUGCCCGAGGGGAGGUACGAUGGCGUGCAUCCUGUCCGGGAAGACGAGAUGGAGCCAAUGUUGUUGUUCGCAAGCGAGGACCACGAAGCCCUACCCUCACGGGAGAGCGCGAAGAGCGCGACGGGCAGAUGUGACGACGAGGAUGGCAAAGGUCAUGCCCUGAGAUCGAGAAGGAAGUGCAUGAGGCGCAGGAUGAGCAUUUGA